CCUUCAGCCCACAUUUUGAUGAUCAAAUCCCCCUUUGAAAUGUUUAUUAAAGUUAUCAAUUGCACUCCCUUUUUCGGAAAAAACUUAUUUGACGUAUUUGAACAGAGGGGGAAAAAUCUGAACCCUUCCUAAAUAAUUACGAAAACAUUAACGUAGGCGUAACCCUUGACGAUAGACAACAGAAAUAAUAGGCGAUCCUGUCGAACGCAAUCCAUCACGCUCCACCUCCGUUUCUGUCACCGUUCCAAACGCCACUAAAGUUUCGUGCUUGCAAUGGGCGAGGAGGCAGUGCCAUUAUUGCUGCGUUACGAGUCGGCUGCAUACACAGUGUGCCAGUAGCUUGGUCACGGAGCGCUUUUAUCUGCGUAACUAAGGCGCUCGGGCGAGAUGUUUGCCAAGCCUGGCCCGAGCACCGUCCCUCAAUCAGCUGACCUUUGUGCCGUAAAGGGGAGUCGUGCGGAGUCUCCGAACCGUCAGUAGCCGACUUUAUCGCUCCCCCUAUCGCGCUCCUGCCACACGUUUUCCUGGGGACAGCAACUUCGAAGCAACGCCGAGGAACACGGGACAAUUAAAAAACAAAUCAAGUUACAGAGACGAAACGCGCCCGGAGUACGCACGCUUCUACGAAAGUUAAGGGAUCCAAACUCCACUUGAAUGCUGACCCGACGCCCCCCGUUUUGGAAUUAAUACCAUGCAGUUAGGCGGGAUUACCAUUACUAUUUGCGCAAAAUGUCUUCGGUAAAAGAGGCCGCAACAGUUAUAAACGGGCAAAACGAUGAGGAAACCUUGGAGUGGAGCUACAUUGGUUUCAUGGGGUUAUGCUCUGUGCAGACGCAAACGACGGCACCGCUCACGGAGGACAAGGAAACGCAGACCAGCCGUCCCCAAAUAAUGCUGAUAGAUCUACCGAGAACGCCUUCGACACUGAAAAGCGCGGGGCUCCUAGAAGCAGACGGCUUUCUCACGCCGCUCUUCCAGUUCAACAGACACGCUCUGGGUCGGAUUUCCACCUCUCCCACCUUGAGGAGGAUGAGGACGAGCACGCGACGCCCGCGCGUGGACUUCACGGACCCCACCAGUGCGGACGGCGGACAGGUGGGAUCAGUUUCUGGCGAGGCGCAGUUUCCAGAGGGUCUUCUGUCACCCGGGUGGAGAACUAAGUCCCCGCUGGCGGCAAGUCCGCUCAGCGACGCUGAACCGGAUCGAGUCUCGCCGUCAGGUUCAAACGCGGACAAAGAGGAAAACAGGUCCAGUCACCCGAACUCUGUGGAUAAUGGUGUGAUCUUCGAAAGAUUUGAAAAUAUCAAAAUAGACGGCGAACCUACAGAGGAUUCCGACCAGGAGACCGACGGACCUCCUCACAACAGACUGCGGGAGAGGAGGCGGAGCUCGGUGGUGGUCAGCCUGCCGGGCCUGGACGUGUCGCCGGGGGACCUGUUCGUGUCCGACGGGGCUGCCGACCGACUGAACGGAUCCUCGCUUUCCGAGUCCAAGAAAUCAAGGUGGCCUUUCUCCAGACACAGCACGAUCAAAGGGAGGAUGAAGUUCGGCAUUGAGAAGUGUCUGUCGACGGUGCAGAUCCAGGACUGGAGGGACACAGACUUCCAGAGGUACAAGAACUGCUCGCUGGAGGACUUCCUGAAGAGCGAGGGACGGGAGGGCGGGGCCGACGACGACGACGAGGAGGAGGCGCGCGAUUGGAGGAAAGAGAAGGCCGUUUGGGAGCUCUUCACCAGCGAAUGCGUCUACUUCCUGGACCAGCUGAUGGUGCUCAAGGAGGUGUUCCUGCACACGCUGACCUGCCUGCAGCACGGGGGCUACCUGCAGGACGUGGAGCCCUGGAGGCUCUUCGCCAACCUCAACGAGCUGAGCCUGGUCAGUUUCGGGUUUCUGACCAGCCUCCUGCGCGCCGUCAGGGAGUCCUGGGAGAUACCGGUCAGCGGGAACGCCCCCACCCUGCAGGCCCUGCUCACCAAGGGGUUCAGAGACAGCAUCUGCCUGAGCCAGCACAAGUACUGCCUCAACUACCCCACGGCCGUCGGCUACCUGGACAGCCUGAAGCAGAGGGAGGACUUUACCACGUACGUGAAGUGGUGCGAGCGGAACGGCGAGUGCCGGCGGCUGUACCUGCGCGACCUGCUGGUGGCGCCGCUGCAGAGGCUGACCCGCUACCCGCUGCUGCUGCGGAACGUCGAGCGGCGCUGCGGCGGCGCGGCCGAGCGGAACGCCGUGCAGGCGGUCAUCGAGCUGGUGGAGCGGUCCAUACAUGAGCUGGAGGGGAAGGUGAAGUGGCUGGAUAACUACCAGAAGGUGAAGCGGCUGAAGGAGUCGCUGGUUUGGGAGCCGGUGUGGGAGAGGACCAGGAGGGCGUUUGUGCCGGAGAGCCUGAGGCACCUGAUGAAGGCGGCGAGCCUGGAGAACCUGGUGGCCAAUCGGACGCUGCUGUACGAGGGCCGGCUGAUGCUGCUCACAGAGAGCGGGAAGCAGCAGGACGUCUACAUGUUCCUGUUUGACGAGUUUCUGCUCAUCACCAAGAUGAAAAGGAAAAAGAGGCUGAGUCAGAGGGCGGGCGGGUCGGAGCAGAGCUCCGCCCACUCGGCGGCGGGGUCGCAGGAGCUGCAGGCCCUGCUGCGGGAGGGCUGCGCCUUCACCGUGCUGGACCAGCCCCUCUCCCUGGACCGCGUGCAGCUCAGGAACAUCGACCAGCUCAACGCCUCAGCGUCCGGCCUGCUCAACUCCUUCAUGGUGACCCACCAGAACCGCUACCUGCAGUGCAUCGCCGUGUUCGUGCUGCAGGCGCCGUCCGAGUCCACCAAGAAAGCGUGGAUGCUGGCACUAGAGGGCGCCGUAGAGGACAUGCUGAAGCAGGACUCCCAGCAGCCUCGGCUCCGGAACUCGGCGUGGCUGGAAUCGACGCAGAUCUGAACACCCCCCCCAGCGACCCCGCCCUCCCCCCCCCCCCCCCCCCCCGAAACACUUUAAGUCCUAAAGGUUCACAAGAGAGUUUUACUAACAUGUUUCACUUAGCCCUUUGUUGUAAAUGAGAGUCCGUGUUGUACUUUAGAUGGCGCGUUUUUCUCGCUGACGGCCAGGCCUGUAGUCGCUGCUUAGAAGAAGCGCGCGAACGCCGUUUGCGCACGUUUAUUUUGUUUUGUUUGUUUUGUUUUUUUUUGCGGACAAGCGCUUUGCAUUUGCAUUCAUUUGUCGAUGAGCAGGCAAUGCAAGUUGGGUAAAAAAAAAGAUUAAAUAUUUUUAAAAACUU